AUGGCUAUUAACGCACUGCGCGCAGCCAUCAAGAAGAUCAAGGCUACAGUGGCAACCGCCAAGAGCACCUGUGACGAGCUCGUCAAGACGCAGAAGCAGCUCGAGGAGAGCCUCGACGCCCUGAUCCAACGUGAAUGCGACCUUGCCCUGCGCGAGGAGCGUAUUCCUCUCCCACGCGACCCCGACAAUCCAGCGCUCGAUCUGGCAGCCCGCGACAUGCAUCCUUCGGGCAGCUCGGGUGCCGAUGCCUUCAAGCACGUUCCCGCCGGGGAGGCCCUCGAGGCCGUCGAUGUCAAUCGUCCACUUCGCCCACAAGGGCUCGAGACCAGUACCGACGCGCCUAUUCCCCUUCCCGUGUAUGGCAUCCUCCUUUUUCAAAUGAACCGACCAGCUGCUGUCACAAUCUACUUUGUCAGCACCGCCUACCGCCUCAGCCCGGCCGCUAUUUGUGCGCGCACAGCGCUCACACGCCUCAGUCUGUCGGCGCAUGCCGUCAAGAACCUCGAAAAUCCUCCCAGGUUUCUCGUCUUUGACCUGCCCGCUGGCGCCACCUUCCAAGGCAACAACUAUGACCUCAAGGAGCUGCGAAAAAGCAGGAAGGGUGGUUCGCAAUGCGUUUCCAAGUGGUGGUUCCUCGAUUGUCUAGACCAGGGUCGGGUCGUCUGUGCCGACCGUUACGAAUACGCGUCGGUAAUUGACAAUGGUUCCCCCGUCCUCGUCGUAAACUGGCAUUAUAUCAAGACCUGCGAGCGCCUCGGAUACCUCCUUGUCGCCGAGCAUAACUGGGGCGGUAUGCGACUCUUUUGGCCGUCCCAUCGCUACCUCUUCCCGGCACGUCUGGCAGGCACUGCGCCAGCUGCCAUUGCUCUCGUCCUCCCCGCUCGUCCUCCCCCUGCGCGUCCACGUCUCGAUCCUGUCGCUGCGCCUGGUCCACCUCCAGCUCGUCCUCCCACUCCCACGUUUGCGGAGAUGCUCCAGGCGGAAGACAAUGAGAGGAGGGAGCAGAACGAUUACGCCCGCACCCGUGACGCGUUUAUGAGGAGCAUGGAGGUCCGCGUGGCUGCUGUUCGAUCUCGCCCAGAGCCCUCGAGCCAGACAAAGAAGAAAAUGGACGAGAAGGACUGUCCCGCCACGCCCGACGGCCAGGCAUUCAUGGCUGGCACCGACGUGGAAGGUGGCGAGGAUGCCAAGAUGGUGUGA